AUACCUAUUGCGGGUCUUCUUUGUGUCUGCAACUGCAAGUAUAGAUCUUCCUCGCUGGCCCCUUUGUCGUCGGUUGAUUCCUUUGCUCCGGCGACAAAAGUUAUCGUGUUCUGACGUCAAAUAAGCAAGAUAUAACUGUAUAUAUAUAAAGAAGAUCUUUGUUUCUUCGUUUCUCAGAGAACGCUUACGGCUAACAGUCACCAGGCUUCAUUUGACCCUCAAUCCUCAUUGAAGAGACACGCUCACCAGUUGCCGCUGUCCGCUGCUGAAACGCCAUCGACGCUCACCUCUCUCAUUUUGGAAGGCAGCGAAAGGCAGACUACAACAAGAUGGACGUCAGUGAUAACCAUUUUGAAUCCAAAAGAAUUGUUUUUGUGACUGUCGGCACAACGUCUUUUGAUUCUCUUGUUAGAACUGUCGACACUGACCAGGUUAAGAAAGAGUUGUCAAAGAAAGGAUAUACACAUCUUAUCAUUCAAAUGGGUCGUGGAUCCUAUAUCCCUAACAAGUCUAGUGGUGAAGAUGGAUCGUUGGUUGUAGAUUACUUUACUUUUUCCUCAAGCAUUGCAGACUAUUUGAGAUCAGCAUCUCUUGUCAUAAGCCAUGCAGGUUCAGGGAGCAUAUUUGAGACACUAAGGCUGGGCAAACCCUUAAUAGUGGUAGUGAAUGAAGACCUGAUGGAUAACCAUCAAAGUGAGCUAGCCGAAGAACUAGCAGAGAGGAAGCAUUUGUUUUGUGGUCGCCCUCAAACGCUCUACCAGGUCAUUGAAGCCCUAGAUUUGGAUUCUAUUGUUCCAUACCAGUCAGGUGAUGCUAGUCCGGUUGCUAAACUAAUCAAUAGAGUGCAUUUGAGGGAUAUCAUCCAAAACCAAGCUCCCGGCUUGCCAUACUUGGUUAACAAGGGACCCACCUGCAAACGGACCCACAACAGAAUAAAUGGUGAUAUGUUGAAAUUAGAUGCAAGAAUGUGAAAAAAUAGGAUGAGGCCAGAGCUUAUGGUUAUAGCCAUUGAUGGUAAUAAAAAAAAGCUAGCUUAUUGAUCUUGUUAAAAUGUAGUUAUUACUUAUAUGGUUAGUAAGUGUAUGUAGGACUGUCAUGAAACUUUUGUUUCUUUUUCCCAUCCAUUGGCAUUUAUCUGGUCACUGGAGGUGUAUCAUGUGUGAUGAACCAACUUCUUGCUUGCAUCAAGACAUCUUUACAGGUUGGAGGGAUCAAUCAGUGUGUGUUUGAGGGUGUAAAUGUGUGAAAAGUUGUAGAAUCUGUUGACUCUGUCCCCCAAAAGUCAACUUUAUGGAUUCUUUUUUCUGUAUAAUCUUGAAGUUUUCUAUCAAAAGAAGCACUUUUAAUCCAAUUCUUCUGCUCUUUAGGAAUGCAAAAAAAACUUAAAAAGCUGAAGGCAUCUUAACUUUAAAUAAGCAUGUAUUCAAUAAGGGAAUCUUGAGAAAAUGAUGCCAUGUACCUUUACUUCUUUAGCAUGAUCACAUGUUCACAUGUGCAUUGAUUCAAUCAUUGAACACCAGCUGGGUUUUCAAACAA